UUUGAGUGUUCUUCUAAGCAGAGAAAGGCAAUCAUCCAGGCAAAACCAAUAUUAGAAGAAAGUAUCACAAGACUCUAUUAUAAUGAUAUUUUUCCUAAGUGUUUGAAGGUAGCUGAUUUAGGGUGUUCUUCAGGACCAAAUGCUCUUGAAGUUGUAUCAAAUAUCAUCAACAUUGUUGACACAACUAGCUCCAACUUGAAUCUUAGUUCACCUAAUUUCCAAUUCUAUUUGAAUGAUCUAUUUGAAAAUGAUUUCAAUACAAUUUUCAAAUCACUCCCUCAAUACCAGAAGUCAUUAUUGGAAGAAAAGAAGGGACUCAAGAUUGGUUCAUGUUUCAUUAAUGCAACUCCAGGAACAUUCUACAACAGACUCUUUCCGAGUUCUUCCAUACACUUCUUUCAUUCUUCCUAUUGUCUACACUGGCUUUCUCAGGUUCCAGAGAAGUUGAUUGAAGGAGAAGAAGCACUUAGAUGGGACAACAUAUAUUUAACAAGAACAAGUCCUGUGUCAAUGCACAAAGCAUAUUUGGAACAAUUCCAGAAGGACUUCAAACAGUUCCUGAAAUCACGUUCAGAAGAAUUGGUAACAGGUGGUGGCAUGCUUUUGGCAUUCAUUGGAAGACAAGAUACUUCAGAAAUUAGAACUGCUUGGGAGCUAAUUGACAUGUCACUCAAGGACUUGCUCUUAGAGAAAUUGAUUGAAAAGGCAACUUUGGAAUGCUUCAAUAUGCCAAAUUAUGACCCUUCAAUGGAAGAAGUUAAACAAGUAAUUGAGGAAGAAGGAUCUUUCAUUCUUCAGAAACUGGAAACGGUUCAUCAGGAUUGGGACCCCAACACGAAUGGAGGAGCCAAUGAUAACAAUAAGGUUGAUGAAAAUAUGAGAGGGGAGAUUGUAGCUAAAUACAUUAGAGCUAUUACUGAACCCCUUUUAAAGGCACAUUUUGGAGAAUUGAGAAUGGAUGAGUUAUUCCUUAGGUUGGAAAAUAAGGCUGUCCAACUUAUUAAGGAGAAUAAAAUAUUCAAAUUUCCUAUCCUUGUAAUAUCCCUUAUUAAAAAUGCUUAAUACAGGAUCCCUUUAUGUA